AUGUCGGACGGCGCCGCCGCAGAUGCGACCACGACGACCUUGGACUCGUCCAAGGCCGGCUUCCCUCCCGGUCACGACGACGAGAAAAAGUACCGCAACUCCGACGCAGCACCCGAAAACAUCCAAUCCCCAACGUCUCCAAGGCUGCAGGCCUCGCCGUUUGCUUUCCAGCGGCGAACAUCGCUCGACAUUGACGACUAUUUCACCGGCCCGCGAGACAUCACAAAGCAUUCAAAAUGGCCCAUCUUCUUGCGAAUGCACGGCAGCAUAGUGCCCAAAAUGAUCUUGCCGCUGACUUUUGUCGCCGCGUGGGCUACCGCGAUUACCGUCAUCAGCAACAAGGUCCACCCUCUGGGCGUCCAGUCGGUCCUUUUGACCAUCCUGGGUUUUGUGGUCGGUUUGGGCCUUUCUUUCAGAAACUCGACAGCCUAUGAACGGUAUGCCGAGGGCCGCAAGUACUGGGCCAUGCUGGUGCUGGCAUCACAGGUCCUCGGCCGGGUAUUUUGGAUCCACUCAUUGGACAAGCCGGGCGCGGAUGCCCGAGAGUCCCUCCUGCAGAAGCUCAGCUCCAUGAACUUGCUGGUCGCUUUUGCUGUCGCCCUGAAACACUCGCUCCGCUUCGAGCCAUACACGGCUUACCCCGACCUGCAAAACCUCGUCGGUCACUUGAACACCUUUGCCAAGGCCGCCACGGACGAGGACGCAUCAUCGUUGAACGCGUCCAAGAAGAACUUCUUCAAGGAGGUUGGAGAGUAUCUAGGCGUGUCGUUUGCUGCCAGCAAUCCUCGAAAGACGUUGAAGCGAGCAAGCCGGCCUCUUGGUAACCUGCCGCUGGAGAUCCUGAAUCACAUUGCAGUCACCAUUGACUGCGUGGUGAGGAGUGAGCAGCUCAAGGUUCCGAUGCAGCAGACCUUGGCCUACAACAACCUGAGCGUCCUCAACGACGUCAUGACGGGCUGCGAGCGAGUGCUCAAUACUCCGUUGCCCAUCGCGUACACCAUCGCCAUCAGCCAAAUCACCUGGGUGUACGUGAUGCUGCUUCCGUUUCAGCUGGUCAGCCUGCUCAACUGGAUCACAAUUCCCGCCACGGUGGCAGCGUCUUACAUUAUCUUGGGGCUGCUGUUUAUUGGCCGCGAGAUUGAGGAUCCCUUUGGACAAGACGUCAACGACUUGCCGCUGGACGGUUACUGCGAACAGAUUGCCUCGGAGUUGGAUAUCAUCGCCUCGUACGACAUGCAGAACCCGGACGGCUUCCUCUUCAGCCACCGGAACAUGCCUCUCUACCCAGUUAGUACAGCAUCAGCAGCAUCUUGGAUGCAGCGAAGCGAGGACAAGCUUAGGCAAACCAUCAAGGCCAAACCGGCUACCACGUUUGAAUGGCGCAAGCAGCGACUCCAUCAAACGAAGAACCCGGGGGGCAGGCCCAGCGAUGACAAUGUUUGA